AGCCACACAAUCUGUUUCAUCAAACGCCUUUUUCCCGGAUUCGCGCGAGUUUGAAACAGAGCGUGGAAGGAUGGAGACGGCUCUGCUCCGGUACUGCGUCAGUUUCUCCGGUCAUCAUCCCUACCACAAGCAAAUCGUAUCUCAUCACAGAGCCAAUGGUGAGAUUCCGGGACCGAAGUCGAGUCCCGAAGACGAACGGUGUGCUAAGGUUUUGAGUAGAAGAUCGGUAAUGGUGUCUUCUGGUUUCUCCUUGGUCUCGUCGACGACGGCUUUAGUGCUUCCAGGGGAAGGAUUGGCGGUCGUGAAACAGGGUCUUCUCGCCGGGAGAGUUCCUGGUCUCUCCGAACCUGAUGAUGAAGGUUGGAGAACAUACCGUAGGCCAGACGAGAAGUCAGGAGGGCAUGGCGUUGGUUGGAGUCCUAUUAUCCCUUAUGCCUUCUCUGUUCCUCAAGGUUGGAAUGAGGUGCCUGUAUCGAUCGCUGAUCUUGGUGGCACUGAGAUUGACUUGAGAUUUGCUAGUCCUAAAGAAGGCCGCGUGUCUGUAAUUGUCGCUCCCGUUCUAAGAUUUGCAGAUAACCUUGGGGAUGACGUGAAGAUUGAAAAUAUUGGAACACCAGCGAAGGUGAUCAACGCAUUUGGACCAGAAGUCAUUGGAGAAAACGUAGAAGGGAAGGUGUUAAGUUCAAAUGUAGCAGAGCACGAUGGCAGACUCUAUUACCAAUUCGAGCUAGAGCCACCUCAUGUAGUGAUCACUGCAACUGCUGCUGGAAACCGCCUUUACUUGUUCAGUGUCACCGGAAACGGGCUUCAAUGGAAGAGAUACUACAAGGAUCUGAAGAAGAUAGCUACUUCGUUUCGCAUUGUUUAGAGGCAUUUGCCAAAAGUCUUCUUUUUGAUACAUGGGUUCUUCUAUAAGUGGCUCAAGAGUUUAUGGAUGAUCAGUCUCGUACAUAAUAUAUUUUGUAUACAGUUGAGAAUCCUGUAAUUUUACAGUAAUCCAAAUACGAGCAGUAAACUAAGUUUGG